UAAGAUAAGCGGAGGUAUCGUUUUUUUUAAUUUUAAAUUCAAGUGUAAUAAUAUAGUAUAAAAAAAGAAAAGUCAGAAAUUUGUUUAGCUUCUAAGCACAAAAAACUAUAUGAAGCAGCUAAAGUGCUGAUUGUGUGUGUAUAAAUUGAAAAGAAAUAUAGUAAGGAAUAUUGCGACGGACUUAUGUGAAAGUGAAAAAAUAUUCUCCUAAGAAUUUUAUAAGCAAGUGGGCUAUAAAUUCUAUGUGACACUUGAAGGGAUAGAGAUAAUCAUUGAAAGAGUGUGUGCGUGUGCCAGUUAAUACAAAAUGAGUGGCGGCGGUGAAUUAGGUCCGGAUGAGAGGCGUCGUUCUCGUUCAAAAACACCAUUCUUACGUUCCGCUUGCGAUCAUGAGAAUUGUGAACACAUUUUAGACGAGGCCGGCCAUGUUACACAUCGUAAGAAAAAAACAACAUCAACAUCUACAUCGUCAACACCAACGCCAAAUAUACAGAUCAUUGUUGAAGAAGCGGUUGAAGUCACUUCAUCAUCAUCACCCACCUCAUCAUCAUCACCCACCAAAAUGACACAAACCAAAACUAAAACAUCUGAUUAUUCGAGUGACGAUAGUCCGGAAAAUAGAAUGAAACAAUCUACAAAAUCCAUGAUAAUGGAAACGCGGGAACAACAAAUCAAAUUGAAUAAAAGCGAUUUGAAAACAUCUCCACUAGUAAAUGCAAGCAACAUUGUCGUUAAUAAUACAAGUAGUAACACUGUAACUACUACGUUAUUAACAAAAACUAGAAGAGACGCACGGGGUGGUAGUGUAGCUACCUCAACACCUAUAGCUACGGGUUACCUGCAAGAUAGCUUUGCUGCCCAGUUUGCUGGAUCCGAUAGAACGCGGUCGUCUGAAACGCAACGUUUAAAAGAAAGAACACAAAAUGCCUUAAAUGCAGAAAGAGAGUUAAAUGCGAACCGUAGUAAAAGUAAAUCCUUGAGUGGUUGGUUGAGCUCCUCAUACACUGAUAGAAGUUCGAGUCUUAAUUCUGGUGAACAUUUAGCCUAUUGGGAGUAUAAAAAAUCGGGAGAAUAUUGGAAAAAUACUCCAAAGACAGAUUAUACCUAUUCAAAAUUAUCGCCACAUCGUCGCAUUUUGGCGCCAGGAAUAGUGGCUAUGCCAAAUAUGUCACGCUAUAGUUUGGAGAGCCAUCAUGAUCGUGUUGGCCAUAUGAUUGAACGUGAUCCCGCACAAGAAGACUACAUACGUAAACGUUAUGUAAACUCCAACUAUACCGAACAACGAAAACGUGUCGUCGAUAGGCUAACUUAUGAUUCUGGCGAUGAAGUUGAUUACAGGCAACAGCAAACAUAUCAUAUUCCUUAUUCCAACAAUAGUGGCAGUUUUAACAAGUAUCAAGAAGAGAGAGAAUCUUGGUUCGUACAUCUCAUAACGAGUAUCGUAACCAUAUUUACGAAUAGUUGGAAGUCUUUAACUGGUUCUCUGGGUGCUGAUCAUGGAGUAGGGAUAUACGCGCACAGUACACCUGCUGCAUAUUCUACAACUGCACAGAAAGGUUUCUUUGGAGUCAUUUCGUCUAUUAUAUACAACGUUUUUCGUUACGUUUAUUUGUUUAUUUCGUCCGUUUUGUGUUUGGAUACCUGGUUACUGCAGUCGUCAAAUGCUGAUAACAGAAAUAAGAAACGGUUCCUGCUUUUCCUUCUAAUACUAUUACCUUUGCUAUUGUUAACUGCCUGGUAUUCAUUGGAUGCUUCUGAGAAGCUUAUUGAACAGCACUUACAAACCUGGUUGCCAUUGACUGUCAUGACAGGUUUAACGAGUAUUUUAUCUAGCGGUGUCGAUACUUUAAAAGGUUUUCUAACCUCGCCUUCUAGUCAUACAUUAGAUGAUCUUCAGUAUGCAAUGCAGAAAUCUCUUAGUAAGGAAGAGUAUGAUAACCUAAUAAAUCAUGUUAAUAAUUAUGUGCAAAAGCUAAUGGAUAUAAAGAUGAAAGAUGAGGAAAUGAAACGAAAGGAGCUGGCUUCCGUUUUAAGUGCAAAACAAAUACAAUUAAUAGUACAAAUAAUUAAAGAAAACUUUGAUGCGUUAAUUGAAAGACAAAAAGAUGCCGCAAAUAUUAAAUUAUCCUCCCAAGAAAUGGAUGAAUUAGUGGCAACAGUUACGUCGAAAUUAAAGGCAUCCUUUGGACAUCCUGUCCGACUGUCCAACGAACAAAUGUUACAAGUUAAAACACUUAUUGCGCAAAGUAUGACCAACAUUAACGAUCAAAAUUCUCGCUUAAUAACGGAAAACUUGAAUAUGGAGGAAUUUAUUGAUAAAAUUGUGAAAUCUUCGUUAUUUCAGGGUUACUUUCAAGAAAAAUUCUCCGAAAAUCUUAAGAAAAAUAAUUUAGAUUUCGAAGAUCUCACUAAAGAUUUAGAUUUUAUUAAAAAAAUUAUUGCCAGUAAACUGUCAGCGAGUGAACAGAUGCAACAAUCGCUGAAUAUGUUACAACAGAGCCAAAAUGAUUUAUUAAAACGUUUCGAAGAUCAUCAGCUGGAUGUCGAUCAACGUUUAAAGGCAUUAUUUCAAGACAUUUCCGAACAAUUGAGUGCAUUAAAAGAUGAACAUUUCUCACAACUUAAUCAGCAAGUUAAAGCGAUUCUAAUAGAAAUUCUAGGCUUUAAAUCGACAUCUUCAACUUUAAACGGAUCUCAGUUGAAAGAUAUCGAUCUACGCGAAUGGAUUCAUCAAGUUUUUGUAGCCAAAAGCUAUUUAGAGCAACGUUUACUAGAAAUGAGUAACGCGACUGGCAGUAGAAUACAUGAAGAAAUGAAUCGUUCAAGUGCUUUGCUAAUGCAUGCCAUAAGUGAAAAGUUAAAGAGUGAAAUACUUCUGGCCGUUGAACGAAAACAAAGUGAAAACAAUGCAUUAAUCGACGGUCAAAUCAAGAAUGCUCUCUCUGAUGAAGAAAUAAAAAAUGUAGUGAAAUCAGUUCUAGCUGUUUAUGAUGCCGAUAAGACGGGUUUAGUCGAUUUUGCUUUGGAAUCAGCUGGCGGCCAAAUACUUUCUACACGUUGCACAGAAAGCUAUCAAACGAAAUCGGCGCAAAUAUCAAUAUUUGGUAUUCCACUAUGGUAUCCCACGAAUACGCCCAGAAUAGCCAUUUCCCCCAAUGUUCAACCAGGUGAAUGUUGGGCAUUUCAGGGAUUUCCUGGUUUCCUAGUUUUAAAAUUGAAUUCUAUGGUUUACGUGACCGGGUUCACUUUAGAGCACAUACCAAAGAGUUUGUCUCCCAGUGGUCGUAUUGAGUCGGCUCCCAGAAAUUUCACAGUUUGGGGUCUAAAAGAUGAAAAAGAUCAAGAUCCGGUAUUAUUUGGAGAGUAUGAAUACAUUGAUAAUAAUGCUUCCUUGCAAUACUUUCCCGUGUUAAAUAAAGGCAUUCGUCAGCCGUACGAAAUUGUCGAGUUACGCAUUGAAUCCAAUCACGGACAACCUCUCUACACUUGUCUGUAUCGAUUUCGUGUGCAUGGUAAGUCGACGAUAGCAGAAGAUGGCAUCUAAUAAAUAGAGGUAAACCAAACUUAAACUUUUCUACAUAUGUCGUAAAGUUGCAGCCAUAUUUCUUCUUUUAGAUUUAAGCCUAAUUUUACAUAUUACAUUUUUGUGAAUACAAUGAAAACACACAAUGAAAAUAUUUUCAAUUGUGAACGUCAAGUAAACUAAAUGUAAAUAAUGUGCCUUGUAAGGGCGCGUGAGUAGAAAUUUAAGUUAACAACGUAGGUGGAAUAAUUUUUUCUUAAAUUUUUAAAACUCACUUGCGCUCUUUCAUAAAAAAUAUUUCAUCAUUUCAAU